AUGUCCGAUGGGAUUCGUCGGGAUUGCCACUGUUUACAGGGGGGUCGGACUCUCGACAAAAAUCCAAAAGGAGUAACACACCACCUUCAAGAAGCAUUCUGGUUCCUGCCGACACGAGAACAUGCGCAUUUACAGUGGCGGGAACUAGACAACCUUCUGUCGAUCUUUUUCUGUUUGUCUCUCGGUCGUUCGGUUGUAUCUGUGAUCCAUGGUGUGGACCCGAUAAUAUUAACAGAUGUGGAUGCCGUGCAGGCUUGGAGAAUCGACGAGGGGGGCCACAAGAUUGGAUUUCAGGGAUGUGAUCUGUUUGGACUUUCAUCUCCCCAGCUCCAGCUUACCAACUAG